AUGGAAACCCUUCAGCAAUACCACUCCUCUCCUCCCGAAAUGUUCUACAAUCCUGCAGUCUCAACCAAUGUGUCGUCUUAUUUUGUCCGGCCCAACAAAGUGGUCAAAUCGAACAGCAGGAAUAGCAGUCCACGAACCUCGGGGCGAAGGCAAACGAUGACUGCAGCUGCUGCCUCGAGAACUCGGUCCGUCGUCGACCAUCUCCGCUCCAGCACACAGUGGCAGAACACAGAGAUGCCUCGCUCUCGACCCCUCAGUUGGCAUCCGAGUUCUUUCGAGGCGGUCAACUCGACGACCGUCAACCCCGUUGCCAAUGAACCAGACUUGUCUACCUGGAACUAUUCGACAGCUCAAGUCCACGGCCUUAUCACUCCGAUCUCUUAUCCGGCCAUGAAUGAACCCCAGAUACCAGAAGCUUUUACGCCGCUUGAUGAACUCCCAUCCCAAGAUCCAGCUUUAGUCUACGAGGAUCAACCUUACCUUGACAACAUGUGGUAUGGUCAAGGACAAAUGAAGCCGAACUCUACUUCAAUUCCUUUCUAUCCUCAACAAUCGUUCGCACAUCCAACAUGGGGUUUCGACGAUCAGGCUAUCAUGGCGCCCAAUGUACAGACAGCACCAUCCUCGCCGGACUCUCUCCCACUGCAGAAUUUUGGGCUUGACACAUUAUCCCUUGGGAACAAGGACUCGAAAUCGAACGAUGAUUCGGAGGAAUUGGUCGGUAUGGGCUUGUACGACUCACCUGCUGAAGUUCAAUCAUCGUGCCUUCUCUUUGGUGGCUCUACAACCUCGACCAGAAAAGGUUUGAAGUUGGAAGAGUCUUUUGAACCAGUGGAGAAGGAUGACGAAGAAGAGGAAGACGCCGACUCAGAAGAUGCCGAAGAGGAUGAGAUGAAUCAACAAGACGCGCAGCAGGAGGCCGAGGAUGACGUUCAGCCAUGUGAUACCUCCGACACUGCCGAGUACGAGGGCCAAUCUAUCGCGGAUCACCUAAUAUUUGGGAUGCAAGCGCAGCCAGAUUCCCUGGCAAUGAAGUAUCUUUCGACUCUGAGGCAACUGAAUAGUGCCUACUACCCUUCGGGGCAUUCUUACGGCUGGGCCUGA